CGUUGACCCCUCAUGCAGCUAAACGACUGGUCAUGACUGCAGAUCUUACCUUUUGCCCAGCGACCAUCAGCUAGAUAGACCUUACUUCUCUCUGUCACUACUCCCUGUGGGGCCCGGAACAAGUCGGACUCGAUCGGUGGCAGAGCUCCAAACGUGGCUCUCACAAGGGCCAGGUGUUUGUUCCUGUUGGGUUCAUACGUUGAUACUCGCCCUCGAUAUUACUUGAACAACUCGUCGUUACUUCGUUGAGAUGAAGUUCGGGAAGACCAUCCAGUCUCAACAGGUUCCCGGGUGGGGAGAAUAUUAUCUCAACUACAAGGCCUUGAAGAAAAUUAUCAACUCUUACGCUGCUGGAAGAUCCGCAGCCGAUGCUGCCCUUCUCUCUCUAGGUCUCCGACCACCUAAACGACCUCUCUCUUCCCCAGAUGCUCAACCCACCGACAGCUCACUCACCCCUGCUGCCUCAACGGGAUUGACCUCGAACCCGGUUGAGGAGUUAACACCUCUACCUCCCACUGCCGAACCGCCCACUCAGAGUCAGGGAAUGACUGGAAUCGUAGCUGGAGGACAGGUCAGAGGGGAGAGCUUCAAAGCUCAUCGAGAUGUUUUCUUCUUUACUCUCCAACGCGAGCUAGAAAAGAUAAAUGCCUUUUAUCUGAUCAAAGAGCGAGAACUCAGACUGCGAUUAUUGACUCUUCUCACCAGUCGAAAACGGCUGUUGCAGAGUUCCGCACGUCACGAUGGUAGAGAAGCUGGAGGUGACGAGGGCAUGACAGUCGAUGGGGAAGGACGAAAAAGUGCGGAAUGGAAUAAUCUGGAAGAAGGUUGGAGAGUUUUCGAACGUGAUCUCGGUAAAUUACAAGGUUUCAUCGAAAUCAACGCUACGGGUUUCAGGAAAAUCCUCAAAAAAUGGGAUAAGAGAAGUAAAUCGAAUACCAAGGAAAUGUAUCUCGAACGUCAAGUGGAAGUACAGCCAUGUUUCAACCGGGAAUUCAUUGCCACACUCUCAGACGUCGUCGCUGCCAACUUGCUCGAUCUGGAGAACGGUUCCGAUCGACUGGCGACUAGCUUGUUCACCGACCUACCUGGCUGGCAAUCCGGAGACUCAGGGAUGAACAGAGAAGCGAAUUACGAAGCGGGACAAACCGUGGCCAUGGACGCUUUGGUCGAUCUUGAAGCCAAUUUCCCCAAAGCUCUUAGCGAGGGACGGGAAGGUUUGAUCAAUUGGUUAAGAUCAGCUAGGAGUCGACAACAAAAGGACAAAGACAGAAGGGUCAUGCGAGUUCUAUGGCGUGCGGCCGUACAAGUUCCAGAAGAAGACGUAGAUUUAGUGGUCAAUUCUGUCAACCUCGCUUUCGAUAUGGUGGAUGAUAUCAACGGUCGGACACCUUUACACGAAGCAUGUAUCGCUGGUAAUCUGAAACUCGUCCAGAUUUGCGUGGAGAAAUCACCUUCCCUACGAGAAAAGCCGGAUGCAUACGGAAGAAGACCUUUACACUACGCCGCUCUACAUGGUCAUACGAGGAUUGUUUCUUUCCUACUCCACUCGACAGAUCCGACCGCGACAGAUAUGGAUGGGUACACUCCUCUGAUGCACGCAAUCGUUCGAGGUCAUAUAUCCAUUGUGCAAAUCUUUGUCGAUCGCAAGAUUUCCCUCGAACCGACCGCCGUGUCAAACGAUCUUAUCCCACUCUCCCUGGCAUGUCAGUAUGGCCACGUCGAAGUGGCCUCACUGUUGUUGAAGUGUGGAGCUAAAGUCCUUCCCAACUCGGAAGGAUUAUAUCCACAGCACUUUGCUGCUAAAGCGGGGCACGAGGCUAUCUGUCGUCUGUUGGUGGAGCAAGGUGGUCCCGAAGGUGGUGGUAAAGACAGACCAGACAAGUACAACUUAUGGACACCACUGCAUCACGCUGCUGUGGGCGGAGAACAACGUCAUUUGGGUUGCAUCAAAGUUUUAGUUGAAGCUGGUUGUGAUGUCAACUGUUCGGAUGAGUAUGGGAAAUCUCCUGGAUGGUAUGCGGCUUGGUAUGGUCAUGUGGAGUGUCUCAACUUUCUGAUCGCCUCAGGGGCGAGAUUGUCAGGUAAACAAUCCACUUUGGAGAGUAUGGAGAAUCUAGGUUUGGCGGCGGAUCCUCAGAUGGACUCGUUGUCACCUGGAUCGGAUUUGGAGUUGGAUGCUACCAUGGAUGAAUUUGAAUUAAUUCCUUCUUUGUCGCUUCCGCCACCUAUCAUCCCACUUCGAGUGUACGGCCACGAAUUCUUAGCACAACGCUGUCUAGUGCAAAUUUCCCUCGGUCACCCUUUUUCUCGCGCAGCUCUUCCAAAACCACCACCCGUCAAACUCUACUCUCGUUCCGGUCAAGAUUCUUUACAUCUCUGGUCAUCUCUCAAACUAGUCAUGACUUCUAAGUCCGACAUGACGGCUCCACCCCAUUCAGUCAUUUUACCACUUUCCGACGAACGUGAAUUAUUCACCUUUCAAGUUCAAUCCCUAGAGCGAUUCACUUUGGAACUCUCUUUAUAUCCCACAUUCGGGAGUAAAGUCAUUGGUAGAGCAAUCAUUCAUCCUUCCACAUUUCAUGAUAUCAAGUAUCACAAAGGAUUCAUCGCUCCUCUCCUCGAUCAAAAUCUGAAAGCGAUAGGUGAAGUGAUAUAUGAAGUCAGUUGUAUCCGACCCUUCCAAGGUGCUCAAUUGGAGAUAGGAGGAAGAGUUGAGACUUAUUGGAAGAGUAAAGUCACACCUAGCGCACCUAGUCAAGAUCAUGCUCAUCAAUAUCAACUGUAUCGACCACUUUCAGUUUCAUCAUCCGACAUCCCUAUACCAAGACCAGGAACAGUACCACCCACAUCUGCUCCUCGAGAAUCGGCUUUGGUGACCGCUUCUUCCCUUUCUGGGGAAUAUCUUCAUAUCAUCGUUCAAGUCACUAGAGAUCUCAUUCCCGUUGUCUAUUCAGACGAUUUACUUCCUCUUCCUCCCAUCGACCCAAAUUCAAACAUAAAAUUAAAUGUUGGGGUGUCGAAUGUCACAUUGGAGCAGUUUGACGCUUUGGCAAGUACGAGUAAACGUCGUCUUCCUUUGUCUUCAAAUCAACCUCAAGGAAUGACGGAAUGGCAUGUAAGUAUGGAAAAUGUCAUGACUACUUUGGAUGAUUUUUUAAAUGUCGUACCUUCAGAAAUCGGACUCAACCUUCAGCUCAAAUAUGUCAGAGAUACGGAUUCUCGAGCUGUGGGAAUAGGGCCGUCUGGAGAAGUCAACGAAUUUGUUGACUCUGUUUUACAUGUGGUAUAUAGGGCAGGGAAGGAGAAUCCCGGUAGAAAGAUUAUUUUUUCGAGUUUUGAUCCGACUGUUUGCACGGCUUUGAAUUGGAAACAACCCAAUUAUGCGGUAUUCUUCGCUUCGUAUUGCGGUAUAGCCCAUUCUCCCUUCAUUUCCUCACCUCCGUCUGAUCACCCCACUCACACGACCGACCUCGCCCAAUCCUCCCAAUCCAUUCGACCUACAAAACCCUCUCAAUCGACUAUAGCCCCACCCCACCCUACCCACCUCAUCCCCAUUCCAGCGGAAGAAGAAUCCGACUUACGUUGUCUGUCCGUUCGAGAAGCUGUAAACUUUGCCAAAUCCACAAACUUGCUAGGUGUCAUACUUCACGCCACUACCUUAGCUGCAGUUCCCAGUCUGGUAGCUUCUGUCAAAGAUGCAGGAUUGUUACUUGCUGCUUUUGGUGAAACGGACGAUGUGAACUCUAUGAGACAGGGUGCUAGUGAUGGGAGGACGGUGGAUGCUUUUGUGAUUGAUGGAAUUAUGACCUUGACCAUCUAGGACAGAGUGAAGACUAAACAUCGUGCCGCGAAUCACACAUGCAUACUUUGUUCUUGAU